CAGCGCAUCUCAGUCAGCAAGCGGAUGGGAGGAGAGGAGGAGGAGGAAGAGGAAGAAGAGGAUAGAUGCUUCACUGGAGUAGGCAGGGGAGGAAGAAGAAGAAAGAGGUGGUUCACAAAUCAACGUGGAACCAAACGUGUGACGACCAAAAAGGAAGCAUUAUCAUCAGGUUGUGAAUAUUUCUCCAAAAGCAGGGCGAGCCCACGCUUCUGGACUCUGUCGUGGACGUCUGCGCCGAAGGAGGAGGAGGAGGAGUAGAAGGAGGACGAUGAUUGCAUAGCCAGCAUCACCAAACAAAGUGUCCUUAUCAUCCACACCGAAGACGGACGGAGAAGACGACCAAACUAUGAACGACGAUGAUUUCUGCUAAGAAAACUCCGGAGAAGAGUCGCUAUCCUGUGCACUAUUUGGUGUGGCACAACAAACACCGCCAGCUGGAGAAAGAACUGACAGCCAACGAGCAGACUGAUUUAGAGUCUCUGGACCCCCGUGGGAGGACUCCUUUGCAUCUUGCUGUCACACUGGGCCACCUGGACUGUGCCAGAGUCCUGUUAGAGCAUGGAGCUGAUGUCAGCAAGGAGAACCGCAACGGCUGGACUGUUCUUCAGGAGGCCGUCAGUGUCAGAGAUCCAGAGCUGGUGCGCCUGGUGCUGCGUUACCGUGACUACCAGAGGACCGCUAAGAGACUAGCCGGCAUCCCCGUCCUUUUGGAACGACUGCGCCAAGCCCAAGACUUCUAUGUGGAGAUGAAAUGGGAGUUUACCAGCUGGGUGCCCCUCGUGUCUCGGAUCUGCCCCAGCGACACCUACAGGGUUUGGAAGAGCGGGCAGUGUCUCCGCGUUGACACGACACUGACUGGAUUUGAGCAGAUGACCUGGCAGAGAGGAAACCGAAGCUUCAUUUUCAGGGGACAAGACUCCAACGCAGAGGUGAUGGAGGUGGACCAUGACAGGCAGCUGGUGUUCUGCGAGACCUUGUGUGUCUCGUCUCUCACGGCCCUUUCACCCGGCUGCGGGAAAAGCGCCGCCUGCAGCAGCACGGCUGCCGGUUUGGGGCUGCUGGGGGGAGUCCAGCCCAGCGAUGAGCAGGUGGCGGGGAGACUGUCUGCCCCGGUGGUGACCACUCAGCUGGACACUCGCAACAUCGCCUUUGAGAGGAAUAAGACAGGUUUACUGGGCUGGAGGAGUGAGAAGACGGAGACUGUGAAUGGAUACGAAGCCAAGGUGUAUGCUGCUUCCAAUGUAGAGCUUAUCACCAGGACCAGAACGGAUCAUCUGUCAGACCAGAACAAGAACAAGAUUAAAGGUGGGAAGACUCCGUUGCAGAACUUCCUCGGGAUUGCAGAGCAACACAUGGGCCUGAACAACGGGGCCCUUGUCACUCACAUGUCAAGUCCUGCGGUGACCAACCCGUCAGCGCUGACAGCUGAAGAAUACUUCAACCCCAGCUCAUCACCCACUCUGAGGGACAUCGGCCACCCGUGCCAACUCACCACCAAGACCCAGAGAUUCAAAGCAAAGCUGUGGCUGUGCGAGUCCCAUCCUCUCUCGCUGGCGGACCAAGUGGCGCCCAUCAUCGACCUCAUGGCCAUUUCCAACGCUCUUUUCGCCAAACUGCGUGACUUCAUCACACUUCGCUUGCCGCCCGGCUUCCCCGUCAAGAUCGAGAUCCCUCUGUACCACAUUCUGAACGCCAGAAUAACCUUCAGCAACCUGAACGGCUGUGAGGAGGGGGCGAGCAUACGCCCUGACAACGAAGCCGGGGUGGAAGGGGAGGGGCAGAGGUACACCCUGAGGACCGACACCCCGUCUCCUGGAAGUGACUCCUCCAGUGUCUCCAGCUCCAGUUCCACCAUGUCAUGUCGAGUGGGAGAGAUCCCCCCCUGCGUGUUUGAGCCCCCGCCCGGAUACACCAUGCUUGGAGGCAAACAGAGAGACAGCAUGAGGGAGGAGGAAGAGGACCUGCUGCAGUUCGCCAUUCAACAGAGUCUGCUAGAAGCCGGCUCGGAAUAUGAUCAGGUGACCAUCUGGGAAGCACUGACCAAUAGCAAGCCAGGAACCCAUCCCUUGUCAUGUGACCCCAGCCGCCUGGAGAGGGUCCCCCCGCUGAAGCCCCGCUCCCCCUCCAGCGUCACCUCCACGCCCUCCAAGAAGCAGGCCACCCGCUGCAGCUACGACGAGCAGCUGCGCAUCGCCAUGGAGAUAUCGGCACGCGAGCAGGAAGAGGCGGAGCUUCGGCGGCAGAAAGAGGAGGAGGAACUCCAACACAUCAUCCGGCUGUCACUCAUGGAGAAGUGAGACGAUAUGAAGGGGGCGGGCUUUAAACAUCGUAAGCACAUUCGAUGAUAAUGAUGAUGAUGAUGAGUGUUCAUCAGCAGCAUCUCCCUUUCUUAGCGGUGUUGAUGAAGAACGUUUUUGUGCGUCAAAGGGUGGUGGGGUGGGGGGGUAAAAGCAGCUGUGUACAGGGGGUGGACACUCACUCCAUUUGACACUAAAGUUGUGUUUUUUAAAAUACACACCAACAAAACAAGAGUAUCCAGAUGCAUCAACCCCCUGAAAGUUCAUCUGAAAGCCCCGUAAGACACAUUUGGAUGAGUUUGGUGUGGAAGAACAUGCAAAAAAAAGACAUUUUGGAUGAAGUAGAACAGGUCCAAUGUCAGUGUUACACCUGAAACUUCCUGUAUUGGUGCAGUCAUGGCAUGGAAAUAAUACUUUUGCCUCCAUAGCGGAAACCUGCUAAUGGAAGUGACAUGUGAAUGACGUCCGUAAUAAUAAUAAUAUUAAUAAUAUUUGACUUGCUCAGUUCUAGUAACUUUGUUUUUAAUUGCACAAAAAUCCAAAUGUACUGUAUCUACACUGUGGUUAGUGCACAAGUACUACGAUAUGACUGGGAAUGGAUGUACAGGCCACAAGUUGGAACACAAACUUAACAAGAGCACAGAUUGAUGUGGUGGUUUUGGUAUUUUCAUGAUGGACGGUACAAGAACGAUGUGAAUAAAGUUGCCUUUUCAGAGGAAAAUAAUGUUCAGAUAUUAAUAAGAAGCAAAUUAGUUGAUGUUUAAAGCAUUCAUCAGGUCAACUCAGAGAUCCAAUACAGCAAAACUGCACAUUUUGGAAUGGCCUUUUAUUGUGGCCAUCAGAAUCAGCAUAAGGGUAAGAAUAAAGUCAAAAUAUUAAGAGAAUAAAGUUAUCUAACAAUAAAAAACAAUAAAAAGGUUGCAAUAUUACAAAAAUAAACUAAAAAAUUAAAAUUAUGUAAUUUUAUAGCAUGGACAUGAAAUAUUAAAGAAAAAGGUUUUAAUAUCAUGAUAAACAGAGGAAAAAUAAUGGUCAGAUAUUAAUAGGACGCAAAUUGGUUGAUGUUUAUAGCAUUCAUCAGGUCAACUCAGAGAUCCAAUACAGCAAAACUGCACAUUUUGGAGUGGCCUUUUAUUGUGGCCAUCAGAAUCAGCAUCUUGAUAUACUGUAUACCCAUAGCAGAAAUGGAAAACAUAGUUGUGAAUUUAGAAGAAUAAAGUCAAAAUAUUAAGACAAUAAAGUUGUUAUCUAACAAUAAAAAGGUUGCAAUUUCACAAAAAUAAACUUAUUAUUUUUUUAUUAUUUUAAAUAUUAUUUAAAUUAAAAAUUUAAAUAGACAGGAAAUAUUAAAGAAAAAAAGAGUUUUAAUUUUAUUAGAAAUGAACAAAACAAAAGUUGUAAUUUUGUGAAAAAUUAAGUUGUGGAAAAAAGUUUUUAUGUGAAUAAAUUCAAAAUAUUACUGUAAUAAUAAUAAUUAUAAAAAUAAAAAGAAAUAACAAUAAAUAAAUAAAUAAUAUAAUAAUAGUAUAAUAUUAUUAAUGAAGUAAAAAUUGACAAAAAUAUAUAUUAAAAAAUAGCAUAAAUGCAAACUGAGCAUUAUUAUCAUUUGGAAAGGCAUAAUUGUGGAUGCAACUUUUAAUGGCUGUCAUUAGAGUGUAUAAGUGUGUGUAAUGAAAUGUAUACGAGUGUACCCAUCAUCUACCGUUAUGGAGCACAGAGAUCCUUAUCGUUUCCAGAAUGCAAUAUUGCAGAGCUGAAGGCAGGCGUAUUCUCAUGUAAAUUUAAUAUUAAUAAUAACAAACAUGGACAGUUUGAUAGAACUUUUUUUUUGUUCAUUUUGAACUUUCCACACACCAAUAUCAGCACAAAGUGAACUCACAAGAUGCUCGUCUGCUCGAUGAUUUUUUUUUUUAAACUUCAACUGUUUUUAUGGGUAUGCCUGUCAAGUAAAUAAAUGUCUUUUGAGUAA